AAUGUGAACACUGUCAACUGCAAAUGUUUUUACACCUCGCUGCUGCCACUACUCCUGGUCUGUUACGACAGGAGUCAGUAGCAGCGAGGUCUAAAACUGUUGGCAAUUGACAGUAUUUAUAUCUAAUAUAACUGGUUUUACUUGUUGGGUUAGUAGGCUGGGCUUGAUACUGUCCGAACAAAAGGCGUUACGAUAUAGUGUAUGGACAAUUUACAAAAGCCUGCCAGUAGCAAAUCCAGCACUAACACAGGAAAGAUGAGAGGAUCUUCCAGUCAAAUGCUGUGCCUGGCAUACUUAGCUAUUUUUGGCCUUAUCUCCUGUGUUAUUUCUUUCUUUGUAUAUUUUGAGCCUCAAUCCCCUUUGUGUCUAUUUACAUCUACAUUUGGUAAUGGAAAAGUUAAUGAAGAGGCACCAUCUGACAACCCCAUCGUUCUGCUGUGGACCUGGCCUUAUAAUGCGAAGUUUGAUUUCAAAAUCUGCUCAAGCUACUUCCACGUUGAUGGCUGCAUUCUGACUGAUGACAGGUCAUUGUACAGCCAAGCUGAGGGAGUCAUCUUCUACCAUAAAGACAUAAACUGGAAUUUGGAAAACUUGCCCAAGGAGCCACGUCCAUAUUUUCAGAAGUGGAUUUGGUACAAUGUGGAAUCUCCCACGAACACGGCGAAAAAAGCAGGUCUGGAAAACCUGUUCAACUUAACACUGAGCUACAGACGAGAUGCUGACAUCACAGUGAGGAAUGAGGUGACGAUCAAGGAGACAGAGACUAAGGAGGAAGUAGUGCUGCCCCUGAAGGACAAACUGGUUUGUUGGGUUGUCAGUAACCACGACCCAAAUACUGGAACAUCUGUUAGAGACAAAUAUUACACAGAACUGUCCCAACACAUAAAGGUUAAUGUCUUUGGUACUGGUUUUAAUGGGCACCCGUUGAAACCUGAAGACUAUUACCCCACCCUUGCGAGUUGUAAAUUUUAUCUCUCAUUUGAGAACUCGCAGCACGUGGACUACAUAACAGAGAAGGUCAACGGGCCCCUCGUGGCGGGGACCGUCCCUGUAGUUCUGGGUCCACCAAGGGAAAACUACGAGCAGUUCCUUCCCAAUGGUUCCUUCAUUCACAUAGAUGAUUUCCCUGACGCUAAAGGUCUGGCAGAGUUUCUGCAACGCCUGGACAAUGACCAUGAAGCAUACAUGAGCUACUUUGAGUGGAGAAAGUACUAUGAAGUCACUCCUCAUCUUUUGACAACGAGCAAUGAAUUCAUUCAUCCUAUCUGCCUCGCCUGUGGCCACAUCGCAAAGUACAGAGAAUACCAUGUUGUCAAUGACCUUUAUGGAUGGUACUUUCAUGAAAACUAAAGUGAGAACAUCAUUUGACUGACUAUAAACUAGAACAUAUACUUUGAAUUUGUGUGAUUGCUUUGACAUUAUAAAGAGUAAUGAAAAGUAAUUAUUCAAUAUAAUUCAUAUGGUAACAGUUGAUAUUAUCAAACUGGAGCUGAUGAAAGAAGUGUGGCAAUACUUCUCUUUUUUUAAGUCACUUUGAGUUGUUUUGAAUACAUAUAGACAAAUAAAUAAAUAUUCAAAUCUAAACAUAGGUUUUAUACAUUUUAUUGGGGUCAUUUGAAGGAUUAUGUCAUAUUUAUUUUUUGCUUUGUUUAUACCUUAAUUGAUGACUUUUUUAAAGACUACAAGUGAACUUACAGUUUUCUAUCCUGACUUCAUUAGGUUAUUGGUUGUGCUAAUGAGUAGGUGGGGCAUCAGUUGCAUGGAUCCAGCUGAAUAGCUGCACACUCGCAUUCAAAUCAGCUAUCAUUUUACAACUCUAAGGGACAAUCCUCUGCUUUACACUGUUUUGAUUUAAAAUUAACUCGCCAACCCCAUUUGGUGGGGAGACAUCUUGUAGAGCAGAAAUUAUGCUAUUCGAUCUAUAUAAACUAUGUAUGAGCAUCCAUUUGGCUUCUUUGCAGUUUCUCUUGAGGAGGUGUAUGUGUUUUAUAAAAAAAUAAAGUGUGAGCCUCCA